UAUAUUCGCCCCUGAAUCUCUUCUGUGUGUGUGAAGUGAGUUAGUGUGAGUGUGUGUUUUUGUAUGUGUGUGAGUAGUCGUGUUGGAAGAACAGACGUGCCAUUACGGUAGAAUUGACAGCUUGACGGUGUGCACAACAACAUCAAAUGUUCUGUUUCAAAGUGAAAUAAGUGAGACACCACCAUCUCCAACCAUGGGGCUGCCUGGAAAUGGAAUUUACGUGGUGCAGGGGGAAAUGUCCAUCCUCCUCACGUCAAUGAAAAGGGGCAACCGAUGGUCCUCUCACUCGCAUCAGGGUGAUGAAAAUGAUAGUCUAAUCCGAUUAUUUAUAAAGUUAAAAGAAUUACUCAACCAAGUUAGCGAUUUGCAUCAGCUUGAUCCUAAUAAUUAUUUUGAUCCAUUUCUGGAAGUUAUCAGAUCUGAAGAGACUACAGGACCUGUGACAAGUCUAGCCCUUGCAUCUGUUGCUAAAUUUCUCUCUUACAAUUUGCUGGAUUCGACAAAUAAAACAGUUCCAACAUGUGUGGAAAAUAUUGCAGAUGCUGUAACACAUGCCCGUUUUGUUGGAACAGACACUGCUAGUGAUGGAGAUGUGUUGAUGAAAAUCCUCCAGGUUUUGAGGACACUGAUGUUGUCUCCUGUUGGUUAUCUGCUGAGCAAUGAAAGCGCUUGUGAAAUCAUGCUAAGCUGUUUUCGUAUCUGUUUUGAGAUGCGCUUAGAUGAAUUGCUGAGGCGUUCAGCUGAGCACUGUUUAAAAGAUUUGGUCCAACUGGUCUUUACACGGUUGCCUGAGUUUUCUGAAAAUCAGCAUAUUCGGAUGAGUAUAAAGAAGCUUAAAAUGAGAACAGGAGUUGUGGAUCAAAAUUCAUCACGAGCAUCAAAACGAAAAGGCCGCUCUAUUACUCACAGUAAGCAUGGUCAUCAUAAAUCAGCAUUAAGUCAACCUCCUGAUUCCUCGCAUUCAACAACUGUUGACAAAAGUCAGACUUCUAAGGAUUCUGUCCUUCCUAGUUCAGCAGAUCUCAAUCAGAAAGGAAGUAAUCCAGCUGCUGAGCCUCAGGAUGGAACUCCAGUUAAAGAUAAUCCUCCCGAACAAAGUCUCAUGUCAGCUGCAGAUGCAGACUCUUUGCCAACUGGAACGACCGAGAGUGGUUUUUGUAGUGUUAGUGGAAGUGUUAGUAGUUGUGAGUCUUCCGGUGAAGGACAGACUUGUGUCGAAGUUCAGAGUAAUGAGGCUUCAAACUCACAGUCUAUUGCUGUUGGUGAAUUUAAUGAGGAGAAGCCAUCAGACGAGAACUCAGAGUUGGUAGCAGAGAACUCACCUUCUUCCAAUAAAGAGUCAGGGGAAAUUUCUAGUAAUCCUACAGAAUGCAGUUCUCAAGAGAAACAGCCAAAUCCAAAUGGAAAAACUGACACACAAAGUUCUCCAGGCAAGCAGCAGCCAACCUACAUUAAUCCACAAGGUGUCCGGUUUACUACUGUUGAAGAAGAGGAUUCAGAGGGAGCUCCUCUGUUACCUUAUGGUGUUGAAUGUGUUCGUGAACUGUUUCGCUUCCUCAUCUCUCUCUGUAAUCCAAAUGACAAACAAAACUCUGAGAAAAUGCUUCAUAUUGGCCUCACUCUGCUAACUGUUGCUUUAGAAGUAGGAGCAGAUAGUAUUGGCCAAUACCAAACUCUUCUUGUCCUCGUGAGAGAUGAUCUCUGCAGGAAUAUAUUUUCACUUUUGAAUACAGAACGCAUUCCUUUGCUAGCUGCCACAUUAAGGGUCACAUUUCUUCUCUUUGAGUCCUUGCGCACUCAUCUCAAAUUCCAACUUGAGCGAUAUUUGCUUCAGUUAGCUGAUAUGGUCACAUCAGAUUCUCCUAAAACAUCUUAUGAACACAAGGAACUUGCGCUGGAGUCUAUUGUGCAGCUAUGGCGAAUACCAGGGCUUGUUACUGAACUCUACCUGAAUUAUGAUUGUGACUUAUACUGCUCGAAUGUGUUUGAAGAUUUGGCUAAGCUGCUGUCUAAGAACACUUUCCCUGUAUCAGAGCUUUACAGCAUACAUUUACUCUCAUUAGAUGCCCUGCUGACUGUGAUUGAGUCAAUAGAAAGAAAUUGUCAUAGUAGGAUGCAAAGUGAACAUCAAGAAUCAGCUGUGUCUGUAAUUGCUCCUCGUUCUGAUGUCACUCAGGAUACAACAGGUUCAGUUCCCUCAGCAUCAAUAACACCUGUCUCAUCUGGCAGGUGCCAUGUGUCACAAAACAUUCCUACUCAUGAGCAAUUAAUGGCUGUGAAGAGAAAGAAAAAGUUGCUCGCAACAGGUACCGAACAUUUCAACUCCAAAGCUAAAAAGGGCAUCCAAUAUCUUCAGGAGCACCACCUUCUUGCAACUCCAUUAGACACUUCUGAAGUUGUGCAUUUUCUUCGCGAAAAUCCUCGCCUUGACAAGAAAAUGAUCGGAGAGUAUAUUAGUAAUCGUGAGAACCUUGCUGUUCUUGAUAGUUUUGUUAACUCAUUUGACUUUGCUGAUACACGUAUUGAUGAUGCCUUACGCCAGUACUUAGAGGUCUUCAGAUUGCCUGGGGAAUCACCACUUAUAUCUCUCCUUCUUGAACACUUUGCUGAUCACUGGCAUAAAAGCAAUGGGGAACCAUUCGCAAAUAAUGAUGCUGCCUUCACUCUUGCUUAUGCUGUUAUUAUGUUAAAUGUUGAUCAACACAAUUACAAUGCCAAACGCCAAAACAAUCCAAUGACACCUGAUGAGUUCAAAAGGAAUUUGAAGAAAGUGAAUGGUGGCAAAGAUUUUGAAGAAGAUAUGUUGGACGAAAUCUACACAUCAAUCAAAUCUUGUGAAAUUGUCAUGCCAGCUGAACAAACGGGCAUUGUCAGAGAAAACUAUCUUUGGAAAGUUUUGUUACGCCGCGGGGCUAGCAGAGAUGGGGUCUUUAUUCAUGCCCCUGGUGGUCUAUUUGACCAUGAUCUGUUCUCUCUCAUUUGGGGUCCAUCUGUGGCUGCCCUAAGUUUUAUCUUUGACCGCAGUCAGGAUCCUGUUGUUUAUCAGAAGGCCAUUUCAGGAUUCUUGAAAUGUGCGCUUAUAUCCGCGCAUUACGGAAUGAGUAAUGAUUUUGAUAAUCUAAUUAUUUCCUUGUGCAAAUUUACAACACUAAUAACUACUACUGAGACUGUCGAUUCACUUCCUGUCACUUUUGGAGCAAAUACUAAGGCACAGUUGGUGACCAGCACAGUCUUUGGCCUUGCUCAGCGUCAUGGAGAUAUAUUACGCCAUGGUUGGGCUAAUGUACUUGAAUGUUUACUACAACUUUACAAAUGUAAAUUGUUACCAAAAGCCUUGACAGAGGCUGAAGACUUUUUGGAAGCCAAUGGUAAAAUAUCACUAAUGAGGGAGGAAGCACCGUCACAGAAAAUUGAGACGGGUCUUUUAAGUUCUCUUUAUUCAUACAUUGCUCUGUCAUCUGAACCUGCAUCCCAGCGUAUGAUAUCACAAGAAGAUCAAGAACGUAUACAGCAGGCGAGACGUUGUGUAAGAGAGUGCCACUUAGAGCAUUUGAUCACUGAAUCAAAAUUUCUCAGGGUUGAUUCGUUGCAAGAGAUGGUGAGGGCCAUUAUUCUUGCUUCUCAUGGGCCAGAUGGCCAUCCAUUACUGGGAACAUCACAGAAUGAAAGCACAGCUAUAUUUUUCUUGGAGCUGUUGAUAAAAGUUAUUAUUCAGAACAGAGACAGAGUUGCAUCAGUAUGGUGUAAUGUCCGCGAUUACAUCUACAGUUUGUUGAUGGGUGCUGCAGCCUGUGAGCAUCCAUUCUUAAUGGAAAGAUGUGUUGUUGGUCUUCUGAGGCUGGCCAUAAGAUUAAUGCGCCGUGAGGAAAUGAGUCCUGUUAUACUUCAAUCUCUUCGUAUGCUGCUACUUCUAAAGUGGGUUCCGCUCUCACGCGUAUCCCGCAACGUUGCAUAUGGCAUUCAUGAGCUUUUAAAAACAAGUGCGGCAAAUAUUCACUCCGAUGCUGACUGGUCUGUCAUUUUCACAUUAUUAGAGGUGGUGGGUGCUGGAGCACCUGCACCUCGUGUCAUAGGUGAAUCCAGUGCUCAAGAGCUUCAAUCUAAUGAUCAAGGAGCAAAAUCUGAUGGCGAGCUACAAUUAGGAUCUCAAGAAGACAGUGGGAUAGGUACUGAACGAGGCUACACCUCUGACUCAGAGCUCAGCCGCAGCACCAGUAGUUUUCCCACUCAAAAUCUUACUCAGCCUCUUAGUCCAACUAUCAGUCCAGAACUUUCUCCAAGCAACACAAACAAUGGUGGAUGGAUCCUGGUUGGUAGAGAGGGUGAGAUACAACCUUUACCUAUGAGGUCAUUAAGGUCACCUGUGAAUAGUCCUUCUUGGGACCGAGAGUUACAUGCUCAUGACCCCUAUGCUCUAAUAAAAUGUUGUGAAAGUCUCACCUUCCUCGUGAGGGAUGUUGCUCACAUUACUCCAUACAACUUUGAAUAUUGUGUACACUGCAUUAGGACAUUUGUAGAGGCGAGUUUGCAUUCAACUGACAAAAAGCUUUCUCGGAAACCUGGAAGCCAUGCUAAAGAUAUUAAUGCCAAACCUCGUAAGAAACUACCCAGUUUGAGAAGAAGAGAAGAUCCAAACUCAGGAAUUGCGCAGCGUAGGGCACGUAGUCCUCAAAACAAUCCGUAUGAUGCUGAUGAGAGUGAUUCUGAAGAACUCUCCUCGGAAUACCCAAUCCAGUUGUUGGAUCUGAUGCAUACUCUACAUACUCGCACAGCUCAGAUAUACCGUUGGUGGGCAGAAGAAAGUGGAGACGUUCAACAACCAUCUCUCUGGACAGUUGGUUGGUGUCCUCUAUUGCAAGGCAUUGCUCGCCUGUGCUGUGAUAGUCGUAAAGAUGUGCGAAUGAGUGCUAUCACAUACCUUCAAAGUGCUUUGUUGAUGCACGACCUGCAAACAUUGAGUGCACAAGAAUGGGAGUCAUGUUUCAGUAAGGUGUUAUUCCCUCUCUUGGCUCGACUGUUAGAACCAGUCUGCCCUGGAGACCCAUCUUGCAGAACUCGAGAAGAAGAAACCCGCAUGCGUGGAGCCACACUGCUCAGCAAGGUUUUCCUCCAUCACUUGACACCCCUUCUUUCACUGCCUAAUUUUACUCCUUUGUGGUUGACAAUUUUGGACUUCCUUGACAAGUACAUGCAUUCAGACAACAGUGAUUUACUGCUGGAAGCAAUUCCUGAAACAUUAAAAAAUAUGCUUUUGGUGAUGGACUCUGCAAGAGUGUUCUCUUCCCCUGAUGGUUACUCCCCUUUGUGGACUGUAACAUGGGAAAGGAUAGACAGUUUCUUGCCAUCACUGAAACAGGAGUUUAUCAAGGCACAUCCAUCAGAAAAAGCCAAAUCUGUCUCUGAAGAGUUGCCUCAUAGUCCAGAUUAUGAAGUUGUUCCAAAUGAGCAAGAAGCAUGGCUUCUUCAACGGCAACAGCAACAAAAUUAUCAGCAACAUCUAUCACAGCAAGUGCCUCAAACUCUACAGUCAGAACAGCAGCAGUUGCAACAGCAUCAGCAGCCUGAACAGUGCCCACAAACAGAACAGGAUCUCCAUCAACAAUCAGAACAUCAGGAGCACGGUCAUCCUUCUCAGCAGUCUUUCAUUCAGGGGGAACAAGAUUAUAAUCAACAUGCAGUGGGCUUUACUCCAAUUCAAGCAGCUGCUCCUACUUCAAACAUUGACUCAAAUAUUCUACCACAUCAGCCAAUUCCUCUUCUUGGGCCAACACCCAUAGUAGCUCCACCACCCAUACAAGGUGUCUCCAAUAACGCUAUCCUCCAGCCCCCCCUUUCAUUACCAGCAGUUUCAGGAUUCCCUUUGCAUACUACUAUGUUUCCUCACAUGGGACAACUUGUGUCGACACCGAUUACUGGGCCACCAAUUACUACAUCAACCAGUCCAGAUCCAAAUCAAAGUCAAUUCGAACCACCAGGAAAUACUCAGCCAUUUUUAACUAACCAGUCUUCUCUUGGAAUUACCCCUGAAGCUGUUCUAGAAGCAUUUACACCAACACGUAGUGGUUCUGUGUUAUCUGGUAGCUCCUUUGUCAGCAAUCCUCCUUCUAUUCCCAAUCCAAAUGAAGGAGGUAUCAUUUCUGCAUCUCGUUACUUCUACCAGGAUCAGUCUCCUUUAUCAUUUGCACCACCUGGGGCUUUUCAAGCACAAGUUUUAAAUCCAGCCACUGCUACAACAGUAAUGGGAAAUAAAGGAAUUCUUCUAGAAGGAGCAAACAUACCAACCCUUCCAAUAUUAUCCUCUUUUGUAUCUACUGAGCAGCCAAGUAUUGAAGAUCAGAAAGAGAGUUAAUUUCUGUAUUUUUACUUUCUACAUGUUUGACUAAUUUUUAAGCUGAAGCCAAAUGUUUGUGUCCGUGUAUUUUAAUGUACUAGUUUUUGGUAGUUCAUAAACUUAUUAAAUACCUCUCUAUGUACACUCUUAAAAAAUCUGCAAUCAAUGUUCAGGUUCAAGGAACUGACUCUGUUGCUGAAUGAGUCAAAGGCAGCAGAUUAAGAAAGUUCUAAAACUAACUGCUAUACCGGUAUGGUACAUAGCUUUUAUUACGAAUUUAUUCACCGUUUUGUGGUGUUUAUGUAAUUCUAUGACUCCCAGCUAGCUUUGAUUCCCAAUUUCUUUGCAUUUGACGCUCAGGGUAUUAAACUUCAUUAUCAAUUGUGUUGUCAAAUAAAAAUCUUUUGUUUUUUUUUUUCUUUCUGAAAUUUAUUUUUGUAAUUUAUUAUUGUUACUGUGAUUGGAUUUUAGGAAUAGACUUGUUUGCCUCAUUCAGGGUUGCAUUAUAAUUAUUUUAGUGUUUUCAACUAGAAUGAAACCUAUCUGAAGUUGAAAAAUCAUGUAAGAAUUAGAGUUGAGGCUUGAGGAAGAGCGGCUCAUUCUCAUGAUUGAAGUGUCCUUUUUCCGUUUUGUUCAUAAAUUGAUUGCAGAUUGCUCUACAAAGACUUAGUCCAUCCUAUGAAUGGAACAUGUGCGCUUCCUUCAUGGAAUGAAGUUUAUAAAUGAAGUUUUGUAAUAUACAGUAAAGGAAUAUGUUUUAACAUUUGUCACAAUUGUUGUAUAAUUUUAAGUGUAUCUAUCUAUACAGUUAUAAAAAUAUAAAUUUGUUUCAAAAUAAUAA